AUGUCCCCCGCCGUGGCCCGCACAUCCCCUGCUCUGGCGGGGAGGAGAAGGAAUACCACCGCUUUCCUUCUUCACGCUGCUGCCCCUCGAGCACAGAUUCAGAGACCACAUGAGCCACCAAGGCCCAGUGGGAGAGCUUCGUCACCGGCUGGAUGGACUUCCUGGCCACGAGGCAGCCGAGGAGCAGCGUGUUUUCCUGAAACCAGAGUGCGCAUCCGCAAUUCCCUUUACCGACAGCUGGUCUCCCCCUCCCCCCCAGCAGAAGCUGGUAGGCCGAGGCAGGCAGGUCCAGAGGCAGGAGACGGGGGCCCUGUGUUGGAGAACUCCCAAGAACCGUGCAUCAAAGGCGUUCAGAGACCACAGGAGCGAGGAGAGAACUCACGGCGACCAACACAAACUCUUGGAAGCCCCUGGGCUGCCGGCCAUUCUCUCCAUGUGGCCCAGCUACCCCCAAGUCCCUUACAGGACCCUCGGCCUCGCGGGUCCCUGGCUUGCAAAACGCAGGUUCCUAAAUGCUUUUCAAGCACGGAGAGAGAAAGAGAGAGAGAGAGAGAGAUCGAAAGAGAUAGAAGGGAAUCAGCUUCUCUUCUUGCCCUUAGGAGACGCGCUCCAGCGAGCGCCCAGACUUGUUUUAACCAUCGGCUCCUCGGGUCUUUUGUCCCCGGCUCCUCCCAUUUAAAUGUGCUUAUUCGUCUGGGUCCAGAUUCUUACCCCUCUGGCCUGAGCCAGUGUGGGGAGCGCGUCGGGACGCCUGCAGGGUGCGGCCGAGGCCCGGGAGGGCUCCAAGGCCUCGUGCGGCGAGAAGGAGCUGCGGGGGUGCCCAGGGGCCGCGGCGAAGGGGCGGAGCGCAGGGCGCGAGGGAACCCGGAGCCUGGGGAUGGGGCCGCGGGAAGCGGACGUCCGAGUCGCGCCGCGAGGAGGAGGGACCAGAGGGAGGGCAGCGCGCAGGGGAGGAGGUGGGCGAGGGCGGCGGGGAGGAGUGGACGGAGCGGGCGGAGGCUGGGAGCGGAGAGCGAGGGCCGCCCACCCCGGCCCCGCCGGAUACGGCCGCACUGGGGAGCCGAGUUGUGCUAAGGGGAAGGCUGCCUCCCGGCUUCUGCGGGUGGACCCAGGCUUGGUGCGGCCCGAAGCGCGCGCAGUCUGGGAAGCCCCAUCGGGGGGAGACAAGGCCGCGCUAUGAAUGCACUGUUAAUGGCGAGACUGAACGUUUAUGUAGUUUAAUCCAGCGUGACAGAUUGGAAAUGUUUCAAAAUCUGGCAAAUACUGUAAACAUCAUCACAUCUGGAAGAGUAACAGAUUUAAGUGAAGUCACGGCCUGAGACAACCCCGAAAUAGCUUUCACCCUUCCCUUUUUUGGGCUGUUUAUUCUUUGUGUCCAAAUGACAGCGAUUUAUUGAUAUUUUAUAUGGAGAAUAGAGUGAUAAUUCAUUCCUUCUGAUAUGGAUUGACACUUUUAUUAUUAUUAAUAGAUUAAGGGGGCGCCUGGGUGGCUCAGUGGGUUAAAGCCUCUGCCUUCGGC